AUGGCAGAAGGCGCAGGUGCCGAAGAACUCAUUCAUGCUCGCCUCCAAGAUUUUGGUACGACUCGCCACCCUGAGUUUGAGGAGGUGGAGAGACCCACCAGUUGGGAAAAGAGAGCCCAAAGAGUCAUGGACAAGGUGAAGAAAAUGAAAAAGCUUGGCUGUGACAGCAAAAACGUACACUUAGCGCAUCAACUUUCUUUCGAUGUAAUGAUGGAAAAGGUCGUGGAGCUCGUUCGAAAUGACGAUGUCGAAGGUCUGGAGCGUUUUGUGGAUGAGUUCGCCGAAAAUAACAACACCCUCUUGGAGGAGAUCAACGACGACCCAGAGGUUUAUCAAGAGAUGAAAGUGGUCCUGCAGGAACAGAAAGAGGACAUUUAUUAUAAGCUCGAGUCAGUUCGUGACGCUAUGCGCUCUACGCUGAGCGACGAAGAGUUGCAUCGUGAGGUCGAAGAGCUGCUGGAGCACAUGAACAGUUAUGUGGGCAAUCUUCGUCCCGGACACGGCCCAACGAAUCAAUCCAUUGGGAGAGGGAACGACCUGAAGUUUCACCAAAACGGCAACUUGACACCUAGAAGCAGGUGGAUCCAUAGCAUUUUCCACGAGCACACCCGUCGGGACCCGACGUCCGGAAGAGUAGCGUCUUCUGUGACGGAUCCCCCAAAAAGGUACGAAGGUAGUUUGCCAAACUAG